CACAGUCCUGAGGGAGGAGAGGAGAGAGAGAGGGCGACAGGGUAUCCACCACAUCAUGACGUCACAGUCCUCCUACAAAGAUAAGCCGUGAGGCUUGAAGUUCAUCUGUCUCAUAGUAAAAUGUUGGUGCUUUUAGGAAGAGUGCUCGAGCUCCAGCCGCCUCGCGUUGAGCUCACUCCGCUUGAACACACCAGACCGCUCUGCCAGAUCCAUCUGGUCCACCUCCCUCAUUCUCUGCACCGAGUGUGGAGCAGUCCAAGGGGCAGAGCCGACACUAUGAGAGGAGCAGACAGGACAGAGAGCUCCGCUACAGCGCUGCGCUGCGCGUAAUGACGGCCAGUCUGGAAUAGUUCUACAGCCUGUGAGCGCUCCAUUUAGAAAAACUGCAGAAAGAACAAACAUGGGAAUGGCGAGUGAGGAUCUGCUCGUGACACUCCAGAUACUACCUGGUUUCUUCUCCAACUGUCUGUUCAUGGCUCUGUACGACUCUGUGGUGCUGGUGAAGCGCGUAGUGUCGCUGCUCAGCAGCUCCGGGUCCGGGUCCUCCGGGUCCGGGUCCUCCGGGUCCGGGUCCUCCGGGUCCGGGUCCUCCGGGUCCGGGUCCGGACAGUGGACCCGCAUGCUCACCUCGGCCGGGCUGCGCUCCAUCUGGAACAGCUUCCUCCUGGACGCAUACAAACAGGUUAAACUUGGCUUCGAGGCACCCAACUCCAAAGUGGUGAAGGUGCCUGAUGGCCCUCGAAGGAGCAGCAGUCUCAGUAACAUGACUACACCCGGUGCCUUGAUCGGAACUGGAGAUGAGUGCCACCUUCUGGAUUUUGAGUCAUCAGACCGCCCUCUGGUGGUCAACUUUGGCUCAGCCACCUGACCCCCUUUCAUCAGCCACCUGCCAGCUUUCCGGCAGUUGGUGGAGGACUUCAGUGACGUAGCUGAUUUCCUGUUAGUGUACAUUGACGAGGCUCACCCGUCCGACGGCUGGGUGGCCCCUCCUAUGGGCUCUUGCUCUUUCGACGUGCGGAAACACCAGAGCCUGGAGGAGAGGUUAGGAGCAGCACGCAAACUCAUUGAGCAAUUUUCCCUGCCACCGCAGUGCCAGCUGGUGGCAGACUGCAUGGACAACAAUGCCAAUGUAGCUUACGGUGUGUCCAAUGAACGGGUGUGUAUAGUACAACAGAGAAAGAUUGCCUAUCUGGGUGGUAAGGGGCCUUUUUUUUACAAUCUGAAGGACGUGCAGCAGUGGCUGGAACAGAGCUAUGGUAAACGGUAGGAGUAAUCAAAGACGAGUACAGAGGAGGACAUGUCCUAUGUUUUUUAUAAGUCAAAAUCAAAAGUUCCCAGUUUGUAUAUGUUUUAUAACAGGGGUCAGCAACCUUUACUAUCAAAAGAACCAUUUUAGGCAAAAAAAAA